UCCGGCCAUGGAAAGAAAAAUGUCUCCUAGUCUUUCUUUCUGCUUCUUAGUACUAUUGCUGUUGACGGCCGUAGGAUCAAAAGCUAUGAAGACAAAAACGGCUGCAAGUGUAGGUGCUGUUUUUGAUUAUAAUUCUCGGGUGGGCAAGGAACAGAAAGUAGCCAUGGAUUUGGCCGUACAAGAUUUGCAGCGUUUGAAUUGUUCUAAGCAGCUGGUCUUGCAGCCUAAAGACUCCCAUGGAAAUUCGGCUCAAGCAACUUUUGCUGCAAUUGAACUCAUUGACAGCAAACAAUUGCAAACCAUCAUCGGAACAUUGACAUUUCAGGAAGCUGCUAUAAUCUCUGAUGACGGUAAAGCCACCAAGGAUAUCCCUAUCCUAUCGCUAAUUUCACCAGCUUUUGUCCCACCAGUAAUACCACUUCAACCGCCAUUUUUCCUUCAAAUGGCUACCGAUGCCAACCUCCACAUGAAGUGUAUUGCUGCUAUCGUAGGCCACUUCAACUGGCGAAAGGUGACAACAAUUUACGAAAAUAACAAUUUAGGAACAUUAACUCUCCUUUCCGAUUCACUUCAAGCUGUUGGCUCAAAGAUUGAACACCACUCAACUUUACCUUCCCUAUCUUCUCUUUCAUCAGACCCAAAACCAGCCAUUGAGGAAGAGCUUAAGAAGCUGCGGAGCUACAGCAACAGGGUCUUCGUAGUUGUGCUGUCUUCUUUAGAGUUAGCUAUUUUGCUUUUUCAAAAGGCAAACCAAAUGGGUAUGAUGGAAAAAGGCUACGUAUGGAUCGUAACCGAUGAGAUUGCAAGCCUUCUUGAUUCUGUUGAUUCUUCAAUCACAUUCAACAUGCAAGGCGUGCUUGGUUUUAAGACCAGUUUUGAGUCUUCUAGUGAAAACUUCAAGCAGUUUAAAAUCAAAUUCCGAAAGAAAUAUGGAUCAAAGUACCCAGAAGAAGAGAAUGCAAAUCCAAGCAUUUUUGCGCUUCGUGCUUAUGAUGCAACAUGGGCUAUUGCUCAGGCCAUGAAGAUAUCACAGGGAAGAUUUUGGGAAAAAAUUUUGUCCACCAACUUCGAAGGUCUAAGUGGAAAGAUAAGCUUCAAGAAUAGUACAUUGUCGAAAUUACCAAUCUUUGAAAUCAUUAAUGUGGUUGGCAAAAGCUACAAGGAGGUAGCAUUCUGGUCACCGGAAUUUGGUUUCUCAGAGGACUUUACCGAGCAUGAUGGGGAGAAAGUACGAGUUUUUAAUGGUUCUAUUAAUGGAGUAAUGGGUCAAGUACUAUUUUGGCCAGGUGGCCUGCAAGCAGUGCCAAAGGGUUGGACUUACGAUGCCGAGGAGAAACCAUUGAAGAUAGGGGUUCCUGCCAGGGGCGCCUUUAAUCAGUUUGUGAGAUUAAAUUACGACAAUGAGACGAACAGAACACUCAUAUCCGGUUUCUCAAUUGAUGUGUUUAAAGCAGUUGUCGAACGUCUCCCUUAUAAAUUGCCUCAUGUUUUUGUCCCGUUCAAUGGAUCAUAUGAUGAUAUGGUGCAACAGGUCUAUUAUAAGGGCUUGGAUGCAGCAGUCGGUGACACAGAAAUAAUGGCAUAUCGAAUGCAAUACGCUGAAUUUACGCUGCCAUAUAUUGAAUCUGGACUUGUGAUGGUUGUCACUGUGAAACCAGAUAAGCUCAAAGAAAAAUGGUUGUUCAUCAAGGUCUUCACGAAAAAAAUGUGGCUUUUGAUGGUGGCGAUGCAUCUAUUCAUAGGGUUAGUAAUUUGGUUGAUUGAAAAUGGAGGUAAUCCAGAAUUCGAGGGCAUAGGUGCUAUGCUUUGGUUUUCCGUCACUGUCCUUUUCUUCAUACAAAGAGAACCGAUUAGGAACAAUUUGUCUUGUUUUGUGUUGGCGCCAUGGUUUCUUAUGAUUCUAAUUGUUUCGGCCAGUUUCACAGCAGGGCUCACAUCCAGAAUGACUGUCUCUCAGUUUAAACCGUCUGUACCAGAUAUUGAGACACUUCAGAGAACAAAUGCACCAGUUGGGUGUAAUGGGAAUUCUUUCAUUGUAAGAUAUUUGAUCAACGUGUUAAAUUUUAAGCCUGAGAAUGUCAAAGGAGUUCAUUCCAUAAACGACUACCCUCAAGCCUUUGAGAGGGGGGACAUUCAAGUAGCUUUUUUUGUUGGCCCGCAUGCUAAAGUCUUCCUCGCAAAAUACUGCAAAGGUUUUCCCAAAAGGUUCUCCUUUGGUUUUUGACAUUUCGAAGGCAAUCCUUGAAGUGAUACAAAGUGGAGAAAUGCAGCAACUAGAGAAAAACUUACUCUCUUCUAACAAUUGCUCAUCUUCGUCCAACUUGAACGAUGAUCCAGAA